AUGGAUGAUGAAUAUCAAUUAUAUCAUCAAUCUGGUUCAUUCGUUAGUUUUCUUGUUUCAUGGUCAUCAUCUUAUAAUUUACUUUCGAAAAGAAUUGCUCAAUUGGCAAAAGAUAUAGCUCAAGCAGGAUUUUGGCAAUCAAAUAAAGUUGAUAUAAUGGAUGCAUGGCUGACUGAUCUCCAUUCAGUUGAAACGAUUCCUUUCGAUGUUAAUUGGAAACCAAUACGUUCUUACUUGAAUUCUACAGUAACUAUACUUUAUGAAGAUCGAGUUAUUGAUCCAAAUAUACCAUCGACUUGUAAAACUUUCUACUAUCCAAAUAUGGAUAGAUCACAUGUUAUAUCUUACUAUCAACAAUUGUGGAGACUUGCUGAAUGCUUCGAUUUAGUAAAAGAAUACGAACAGAAAAUGAAUAUUCGUUAUGAAUUGUUGAUACGAGCUCGAUCAGAUUCAGUUCUUGAUAUAGUUCCUCGAACAUUAGAACCUCUAAAUAAUUCGACAUUAGUUAAACCAAAUGAAAAUGAUUUUGGUUGUUAUAAUGAUCGAUUUUCUAUUGGUUCUAUGUCCAUAAUGGAAAAAUAUAUGAGACGAUGGCACGAUCUUAGUCGUUGUCAUGUUGAAAAUUUACAUACUGAAUCAUUUCUCAAAUUAUUUUUAAAUCGAUUUAAUAUUAAUGUUCAACUUAUGACAAGAUUGUCUUAUAAAGAACAACCACACGGUGAUAGACGCUGUCACUAG